AUGGCGUCCACUUACAACCAUCAGAGGUCUAGCCGACGUGGCCACGGCGUAGGCCACAGCGCACUUUCCCAAGAGUACCACAUGACUUACAUGGAAGACACUCUGGAUGGAUCCGACGCCUGCGAAUUCUUCAUGGGACAGCAUGGGUUCACCGAGGAGCCAUCUGUGGACCCCCGAAACUUGACCCUGGACCAAAUAGGUCUCGGUGGCAAUGAAAUUCUCCAGGAUUUUGGAAACCUUGACCACUUCCAGCCUGGAUUUGACCCCAGUGCCCAUACUGAAGAUUAUUUUACUGAAUCUUCCUACAUAAACUUUGGCUAUUCGGAUUCGUCUCACGUUGUUUCGGGCGAGAAAACUCUGUUGUCAAAUUCUAGCAACAUGAACCCCAUGCAGCCUGCGCUCCAAGCCACACCACUUUCCGAGAUCAAUGAUGCUCCCUCAAGCAACGCCAGCAGCCCGAGUACGCCCACCCACUACCCUGGUCCAGGAAACCAGGCCUCUUCCCCUGAAGAGAACAUCUCGUCCGACGAGCUACACGUUUGUGGCAUAUGCAACAAGACAUAUUCCAAGCUACAUAAAUUCACCAAACACUACCGUAAUCAUGCACCACCCCUAUCAUGCCCCCACGAUGCCUGCGACAAGAAGUGUCCCCAGAAGAGAGAGCUCGACAGGCACAUUCGAGCGAACCAUGCCUCUUGGGCCAAGAAGAACCCCAACUUGGCCAACUUGUCUAAAGACGAGGAGUACACCUGCAAGCGAUGCAACUACCAGACCGACAGGAAGGACAACAUGAAGCGUCACACAGACAGGGGUACUUGCCAGAAGAAGAGGAAGUGA